CACAAACUCCAACAUGGCUGGAGGAUCUGAAUGCAAUGGUGUAGUGGGACUCGGAAACUAGGAGGGAUUUGCCAGAGCUAAUUAUAAAGCAAAUGGAGUUGAUUGUCUGUUCGUCGUCUUGUGCCUGUAAGGGCUGAAACACAGGCAGAAAAAUCCUCGCUCCUCGGGCAUUCACGAUCGCUUACGAUAAGAAUCCUGAUUUCGUUGACAUCAGUGCACCGGCGUCCCAGUAUACCUAGGACUCUCGAGACGCAAGAUUAAAACCUCGAAAGCGAUUCCCGUCCUACGACUGUACGAAGCGUUGCAGGUGAGCUGGCACUGCGACCAAAAUGUCAGCAAAUCGUAGCGUUGGGGGGCUGGAUGACAUAGACCACUUAUGCUUGAAAGUUGUCAAGAUUGUGAAGAGUGAAGCCCGUAUUGUUCUAUACUGCAUAUGGAAUUGGGGUUGCGAAAGAGACCUUACAGUACCCUUCGAGGAUCAUGCAAUAAACGUACUCAAAUGGGACAUCAUUAAGUACAAAAAGAAGUUUGAUAAUACCAUGCAAACAAAGAUUAGAAAUAAUCCAAAAGGGGACGAAUUUGAUGUGACUUUACUGUAUGCAUGCAUUUCCUCCACUUGUACUAGAUUUAGUGGCUCUGAUAUGAAAACAAUCAUAAGACCAAUCGCUUUCUUUCGGAAUGAUGUUAUGCAUGAUGAUAUAGUUAAAGAUGAGGCCUCCAUGAAUGACGCAAUUGCUAAAAUUCGGCAAAUGUUAGUAGAUGCCUUAAACAAAGCAAAGGAAGUUUAUUUAGUGCCUGAGAAUGAAAUAGACGGUAUGAUACAACGCAUGGAUGAAACCAUUAAAGAGAUCAAGGAAAGCCCUGUUCCCCUGCAUGACAUCGAGGACUAUAGAGUAAAGGUGAAAGAGCAUCGAAAAGCCCUUGAAAAGCUCGUUGAAGAGAAAGGCGUGAGUUGUUUGAAGACAACCUUCAAAAUGCUCUCUAAUGUAGAUCCAGCUUCUUGGAUAUCUGGGAAGGAAAGAUUAAAUAUCGAAAUGGUCUACAUAAGGCUUGAAAUGAAAUGGAAACCAAACAGUGACAGCAGCUCUUACGAACCUAUUGGACAUGAAAGUUUGCUGUGUCAGACAUAUGAAGAUGGAAUCGUGCCAAAGAUCAUUGUAAUACAGGGUGAAGCAGGUUCUGGAAAAAGCACUUUAACCAAGUUUAUUUUGGCAGACUGGGCUAAGAAUUCCCCGUCUAUUAUAGGGCUACAAGAAUAUGAUUUAAUUCUUUAUGUUGAAUGUAAGAACAGGUAUAUCUCUAACUUUAUAGAUUUGUUGACUUCAUUAAUGCCACAGGUUUCAUACGAAAUGACAGACACAGAUUUCCGGCGCUCUGUGUUGGAGAAGAAGACCCUCAUAAUUGUUGAUGGCCUAGAUGAGAUGAAUGAAAACUCUGAGAAGCUUCUUAUUGAAAUGCUUGAAAUCUACCAAAAUAGGAAAGACAACAGAUUCCAGUUCAUCAUGACAACUCGCCCACAGGAAAUCAAGAUUAAAAAAACACUGUUGAACAAGUUCCCUACAGUUCACAUCAAGAUCCAUGGAGUACCUGCAGAAAGAAGAGUGGAAUUUGUCCAAAAGCUUCAUGAUGAAAUGGUCAAAGAAGGUCUAAGUAAGGAAGACACGAGUAAGUUGGUGGACUACAUGAAGCAUUCAGAGUGCCGCUUGCAGGAACAUUAUCGUCUUCCUCUUAACUUAACCCUUUUAACGUACCUCUGGGCCAACGAUUCAAAGGCUGUCAACUCUGUUACUUCCGCUACCCAACUUUAUGUUGCUGUCCUGAACCUCCUAAAGGGUCGUGUUGUUUUCAGGAUACCUCAUGUAUCCUCAAAUUCCAUUCAGGUUUCCAUGGACACAUUAUUAAAUAGGAUUUUCCAGGUCUCUUUAGAGACACACAAACGAAACAGUCUGGAGUUGAGUGCAGAGUGCUACAAGAAGCUGGAAGAUGAAUGUGAGGAACUGAAUCUGCCUUCAGUUGAAAUACUUGGCGCAUUCUUUGCUGUUCAUGAUGACUAUAGUGUGUACUGUGGUCCUAAUAAAUAUAAUCUUUUUGUCCCUCAUAAAUCAAUAAUGGAGUUCUUUGCUGCCAAUCACAUAUAUUCCUGCUUAGUUGAGAACAGAGCUGACAGAUGCAAGGAAAAACUAAAAGCCAUCGAAGAAGAAUUCCCUGGGAUAUUUAAAUACCAACUGGUAAAUGAACAACCAAAAACACUUAGGGGUGUACUAGAAACUCUUUUAAAUGAUGGAAAAGAUUUAAACCCUAGCAUUUUACCUCAUUAUCAGAAUACUUUGAUUCAUUUAUCAGGACUAUUGGCACUUCAAGACAAAGAAGCUCUUCAUAAGUAUGGGAUUGAGCUUGUGGAUAUUCUAGAGGAAUCUGAAAUCAAAGAUUCCCAGUGGCUCGACCUGUUAGCUGAGGCAGAUUGUGAUUCAUUACUUUCCACCUCGAUAGCAGAACACAUAUCAGGGAAGCUUGUGAUAGAAGAUGGACACACCCUUGCAGCAAUUCAACUCUUCAAGGACUUGGACUCUAAAACACCUGUGAGGGUUAUACUUCAGGAUGAAGUUAAAUAUAUUCCACAACUCGACACGCUGAUGGAGAAGCUGGCUGAGCGGGAUUGUGCUGUGGAACUUCUCCUCAAUAACCAUUGGAAAAAUCCAGAUAAUGGACUGUCCACCACAUACUUGGAGAAACUGGUUAACAACUCAAAUUGCAGAGUUACUCGCUUCACUGGAAACCUGGACAAUAUUGAAAUGCUCCCCAAGGACCUAGAGGAUGUUAGAUUAACUAUUUCCUGUAAUAAGCAGGCUGAAUUGAUCUGCAAAGGCAUUGCAGAACUAGAUAAGGAGCUACAUCUGAGUUAUAUUGGGAUUCAUGUCAUGAAAGGAGUAUCACCAUCCUUCUUGAAACCACUACCUGUAGUGAAGCCAAACCAGAAAGAAAGUGGCACCAUUUGGCUCUCAGACAUCAGCGACGAUGACGUCUCCAUUGCUUGUAGUCUCAUCAAGGCUUUACAUCCACCAGGCAUGAUGUUUCACAGCAUCAUGUUUCCCCGUUGUCAACUGUCACUGAAUGGAUUCGAAUGUCUACUGAACGAACUAGAGCAACAACAGGUGAAAAUAUCUAAGAAUAUCAAAUCAGAUUCGCAAGUCCUUGGUAUAAAUGAAGUACCAACUUUAAGCAAACUUACUAAAAAGUUGUUUGGUCGUCCAUUUCAGCGUGAUGACGGAUGGUCAACCUAGUAUAGAUUUGGAUUCCAUGGUGAUGGAGAUUAGCCGGCCAGACACUAAAAUUCUUUUUGAGGAGAAGAUAUCUAUCAUUAUAUUAGUCCACUACAGCACAACUUUCUCAUAUGGAUCAUAAAUAGUUCCAUUAUAUUUUUGCCAAUCUUACAAACACAAAAUACAAAAUACGCGUCUUUAGGUAAAAUGAAAGUGAUGCUGAGAAAGACAGAAGUAAUUCCCUGACUAUCAAACCCUUCUUUGGAGAGCAGAGAGAAACCAAGUUCAUGUUAAGUGCCUUUGCAGAGGUUGAAGUUUCCAGAUUAAAACAAAUUGAGAACCAGUGCUAGAGCUUCAUUACACUCACUUGCACUGAGUGUUUGCUUAUCAACAAGCACUGUUAAGAAUAUAGGUAAGUGUAGUCUUUGAGUCUUUCGUUAGUUUAUUUAGUUACCCCUGCCAUUAACGUACUCAUUUUCUCUUAUACUGUAAAAGCAGACACACUUUUCCAACUGCAUUUUGUAUCCUCGAUCUUAAUGAGAAUACUAAACAGUUUGAUUUAAGAUGGCUGCUUUUCAUUUAAGUUCUCGAUUGUCUUCAUUUUAGCCUUGAGAUUGCCACAGGGUCUACAAUUUGGUGCACAGGACCCAAGAAAGAAGUAACUUUGGAUAAUAUUAAGAAGUUUAAGCCCUGAAACACGUAAAUAUGGCAACAACAGAGCAAUUAUUGAGGACACGGUCGGCUAUCAAAGGUUGGUUAACUCGAUCUGUUAAGGAGUUGCAGGAUUUGCUAUAAGACUCUUCUAAUUAUGAACUCUUAAAGAAUGCUGUUAGUGUUUUUAAUAGAAGACUACCAGUUCUAGAUGAUAGGAGACUACCAGUUUUAGAUGAUCUUCAAGCAGCAGUGGAAUUAGAAACAGACUUUGCUGAUUUAAAGGCAGACAGAUGAAACUGAUAGAUUUCAUAGAGUGCCAGACAGGUUAGGGCUGAAGCAGCCAAAUGUUUGAAAGGUGUUAGUAACGAGACUGACACUAUAUCUGUUUCCAGUAAAGAAAUAUCAGAACUGAAGUUACCUAUAUUAUAAAUUCCCAGUCCUUCUGGGAAAGAUUUGAUGCACUAGCUGACCAGAGUGAGCUGCUAGUUCUCAACAAGUUUAGUUACUGUCAAUCAUUACUUCAAGGGGAAGCACUGACUGUUAUUAAAAGUUUAGCACUUACUUCUGUUAACUACAAGGUAACCUGUGAGCUGUUGAAAGAUUUGGUCAUCCAGAAAGAAUCAUUUUUGCUCAUGAUCAACGCCUACUGAAGGCUUCUUUUCCAUCCAGAGGUAAGGGAGCUUACUCCGAGUCUUUGUGGAAGUUACAAGACCAGCUGUUGAGGCAUGUGAGAAGUUUAGAAGCCCUUGGCAUCACUGGUGACCAGUAUGGCAUGCUGUUGACUCCAGUCAUCCUGUCUUGACUUCUGCAAGCUAUGCAGUUAGAAUGGUCCAGGGAAUGUGCAGGCCAUGAAUGUGAUUUAUAGAGUGGCUGCUGAAGUGUCUUCAUUAGAAAAUCCAGCGUCAUGGAAGGUCAGAAACCUUUAAGGAGUUAUCCAUGGAGAAGAAUGUGUGACAAGAGGCCAAGAGAAAAAAAAGGUUAGUUCGGCUUUAGCACUGCAGAUGUCAUUCGAGGAAGGUCCCCAACAGCCUGUGUUUUGCCAGAAGCGCCACCCUUUUGAGCAGUGCUGUCAGCCAUAAUUGUAAACUCAAAAUUCAUCAGCUAGAACUGUUCUAAAGUUUCCAUAAGGAACAUCUUUCUAGAGACUGUGAAAUAAAAACAAAAUGUUAUUUUGUAAUUAUGGUACAUCCAGUUAUGAAAGUAGUAAAUCUCCAGUAAAACAAAAUACUAGUAGUAAGUUAAAUGAUUAGGCUAAUGUACUAUCAAGUGAUGUUGUCAAUACCGGUACUGUUAAGCAUGUUAGCAUUUCUCAUGACCAAAGAUUGAAGAGUACUGUAUUGCAGACAACUAAAGUCCAAGUUUGUACAGGUGGUGGUAAAUGUGUUGAGGCAGUUGUAAUGUAAGUCAUAACUUUGUUAGCAGAAUUAAACCUAAGUGGGUUACAUCUAAGUACAGACAAUCUCUGGUUUACGAAAAGGGGGUCCUGUUCUUGCACCUUGUCGUUAGCUGAAAAUCGUUGUAAACCGAAACAUCAUCGAAAAUCGCUACAAAUCCUAACAAAACCUUACUUUUAAUGCUUUGGGUGUAUUGAAAAUUAUGUAAACUGCAUUUUUACUGAGUUUUUCAUCAUUUGAUUAUUCUGCUGUUUUGGAGCCAUAUUUCUUCCAUUGGAUUGGCGUUGCAAGCAUCGUAACUCUGAAACCUGUCGUAAACCAGGAAAUAAUUUCUGAUGACUAUACUUGAAAAGUAUCAUAACCUUGGAACAUCGUAAGCCAGACCAUCGUAAACCAGGGACUGUCUGUACGUACACUCCAUAUUGAGAAUUUGGUGAUGGGAAACCCCAAAACAUGAGAGAACAGAAUGUGUAUGAUGUGAAUUUAAUUGAUACCCCUGGGAAUAAUCAUUACAUACUUGCAGUUGAGGUAAUGUCCAUUUAUCACCCCCUUUGAAACGUCAGAAGGUACCUGCUGAUAUUUUCCAGUCCUUUUCACAUUUAAAGUUAGCUGAGGACUAUGGUCAUGACCGUGAUCACACUUUGGAUAUUUUGAUUGGUGUUGAUUAUGAUUGGAUAUUUAUUAAAGCAGAUACUAUUGUAAGAUUUGAGGGUUUAAUGGCUGUAAAUCAGUGUUUGGUUACAUUUUGGUUCAUGUCUGUGGGCCCAUGACAGAGUAUAUCUCAACAACUGUUGUGUAUUAACAUAUAGGUAAUAAUGUUAAUGAGUCUGAUUUACAUAAAUUUUGAGGUUUAGAAAGUUAUAGUAUUAAUGUAGAGAACGAUAACCCUCCCAAAGACCAAUUGUAAUACUGUACCCUGGAAAAAUGAAGAUGCUAAAUUGAGUUUACUUAUUAAUGAGAAUAAUGCUAAGAUGGGAUUAGCUGUACUCAAACAUAAAUUUGAGAAAAGCCUUGAUCUGAAAUAGGAGUAUGACAAAUUACUUAUGAGUUAUGAGCAGGAGUGUAUUAUUGUUGGGGUCCCUUUUUCUGAAUUGGAAAGUCAUUAUCCCACUUAUGUCACAUAGACCUGUAAUUAAAGACAGCAUUUCUUCAAAGGUUAGGCCUGUGUCUGAUGCUUCAGCAAAAGGAACUAAUGGCGUUUCUUUGAAUGACUGUUCGCAAUCUGACCCUUCUUUCAUUCCUGAUCUUGUUGAAGUUUUAUUAUUAACAUUUAGAUGAUAGAAUACUGCCUUGACAGCAGACAUUGUAAAGGUUUUUUGCACAUUUGUGUACAACUCCCUGAUCAGGAUGUUCAUAGUUUUUUGUGGCAAUGUGGUGAUAUAGUAUGCGUUAUGAGAUUUGUGAGAGUACCCUUUGGGAAUACUAGUAGUCCAUUUUUACUGAAUGCUACUAUUAAACAUCAUUUGGAGUCAUACAAUGAUUCAGUUACAUUACAAGAGCUUAAACAGAAUUUGUAUGUAGAUGGUUGGCUCUCAGGUGCAGAUCCAGCUGAAGAAGCCAGUAGAAUGUUUAGCAAAGUUCAGAGGAUAUUAUUAGAUGCUGGUAUGAUUUUAUCCAAGUGGCACACUAACAAUGACUUUUUGAUUAAUCGGCAUUAUCAGUACUUUGAACCAGAGGCUGGGGAUGUAACAAAAUGGUUAGGAAUGUAAUGGAACUCCUCAAAUGUGUUUUCAUUUAAAGUUUCCAGCUUAGAUUAUAAUUUUGAGUUUAAUUAUGCUAAAAGAAAUUUGUUAAGUUUGACUGCUAGAUUAUUUGAUGUACUUGGGUUAAUAAGUCUUUUCACCAUGUAUGCUAAAGUAUUGUUUCAAGAAAUAUGGCGUCUAGGACUUGGUUGGGAUGAGUGUUUACCUCACAAUGUGCAACUAAAGUUCCAGUAAUAGAUUAAUAAUGCUGAGGUUGUUUAAAAACUUUGAAGUUAAUUGUUAUUUUCCUGGUUUAUCUUUGAAGUCUGUACAAGGUUUGGAGGUACAUGCCUUCAGUGACGCAUCAGAGAAAGAUUAUCUACGUAUACCUAAACCAGCUAAGUAAUUCCAUGUAUCAUUUGUUAUCGCUAGAACUAAGUGGCUUCUAUCAAGCAGGUUACCUUGCCUCAGCUGGAAUUACUGGGAACAUUAUUGAGUGUUCAUCUAAUUAUGCUUGUGAAAUCUGCUUUACACUUGAAUGAUAGUGUCUAAUUAGUUUGCUGGACGGAUUCUAAAGUCUCAUUGCCAUGGAUAAAGGGCAAUCCCACUAACUAGAAAACGUCUGUAGCCAAUAGAGUAGCUAAGAUUCAAACAUUAACAUCUAGUGAUUGGUUCCAUUGCCCUGGCAAAGGUAAUCCUGCUGAUUUGAUGACCUGAGAGUUUACUGGUGAUCAGUUAAUUUCAAACAACACAUGGCUUGAAGGUCCCAUAUGGUUAUCUAUUUCCUCCUUAAACUUUCGUGCCAAUGCUAGUGAUGAAGUUGAUGCAAAUGAUUUUGUUUUUCCUAAUGAAGAAUAUAAGUGAUUAUGAUUGUUACGUUGAUGAAAAUGACAGUUCUAUAAUUAAAUUUAGUAGAUGGAGUGAUUUUACAAUUGUAAUGAGCAUUAAUGUCUUGGUUAUGAGAUUCAUUAACAAUUGUAAACUUAAUGGUGCUAUACUUUCAGUUCCUUUCACUUCUGAGUUGAGUAAUGCAAAGGACAAGAUUUCUAUUUGUGAACAAAGGAAAUAUUAUGAGAAAUAAAUUAGUGUUUUGUCUCGAGGAUAACCUCUCCCUAUGAAUUCCUCCUUGGGGAAACUUGACCCUUUUCCUGACUGUAAGGGAUUAUUGAGAAUCAUGGGUAGCUUACAAUAUUCUGACAUGAUUUAUGACAGAAGCACCCUAUUUUAAAUCUUAAUUGUCACGUAUCUAAACUUAUAGUGCCGUUGCAGCAUAAAUUUUGAAGCACGCUGGUGUUCAAGCUCUCAUGCUGACCAUCAAACACUAAUUGGAUUAUUGGAUUAAAGCGACAGGUGAAAAGAGUUUGUAAAGAAUGUGUUGCUUGCAAAAAAUAUUCACUCUUGGCCAUGCAAUUAGCCUUCCCCUCCUUUGCUGGAAUUGAGAACUAACAAUACGUUCCCCUUUGCCAUUACUGGUUUAGAUUACACAGGCCCUUUGCUUGCUGUUCAUCUUCCAUUUAAGAAUUUGUACAUAUUAUUUAGUUGUUCUGUUACAAGGGCUAUUCAUUUGGAGUUAAACAACUCUCCUUCAGUACCUGAUGUAUGUUAGCUAUACAUAGAUUUGCUGCUAGACGAGGUCUUUCUUCUGUGAUAUACUCAGAUAACGCUAACACCCUAAUUAGUGUUGCAAAUAAGCUUUAAAAAGAUUUUAGUGCUUCGAGUCAUGAAUGGAAAUUCAUUGCUCACAGAUCCUCAUUGUGGGGCGGUUGGUGGGAGAGUCUUGUGAAGUCAGUGAAGUCUGCUCUAAGGAAGUCCCUUGGCAAUGAAUGCUUAACUAAAUGUGAACUUGAAGGAACUUUGUUUGAAUAGAAGCAUGCAUUAAUUCUAGACCUUUGACUAAGUAAAUGAAGAACCUGAUGUAACUGAUCCUUCGACAACCCACCUAAACUUUCUAAUUGGUUGAGUUGCAGGUUUUCAGCCUCAUGUGUCUGAUGAACAUGUAAGUAUCAGUGAUAAAGAUUUAAGUGAAAGAGAAAUUGUUUGGAAAAUGCAACUCAACAAAUUUUGGAAAGUGUGGAGUAAUGACUAUUUAAAGAAUUUACCCCUUACAGUAAAGAGUCUGUACCCUAAUUGUACUCUGAAGAAAGGUUCGGUUUUAUUAAUAAGAGAAGGUAAUGUUCCUAUAAUGAGAUGGCCUUUGCCAUAAUUACUGGCAGAGACGGUACAUAUAGUAAGAUGUGUUAAUGUACGAACUACUCAGGGGGUGUUGUGCUGAUACAUUCAAAAGUUACAUGAUUUAGAGAUUUUAUGUGAUGUUAAUAAUGUUAGUGAAAAUGCUCAAGCUUCUAUAGAGGGUCCUAUACAAGAUAAGCAUAGGGAUGUUGUCGUUGAGAAUACUGAUGAAUCUAAGAAUCUUGAUCAGGUGAAGAUAUCUAGAAGAGGGCAUGUGAUAAAGUCUCAUACUUCACUUGAUUUAUGAAGUAGAUCCUUGAAAAUAAAGUUACAUGUGGGAAAUUGUGAACUCAAUGAAAAGAAGUUUAGAUUUUGUUAUACCAUGAGAUCUGAUUGUAUUUACUUAAUUUUAGAUAGGAGCUUGGGAGUUCCUAUGGUGGGGAGUAUGUUUAGGAUAUAAGUGUAGUCUUUGAGUCCUUCGUUAGUUUGUUUAGUUACCCCCUACUAAUUACAUGCUCAUUUUAUGUUAUAAUCUGUAAGAAAAAAGUACUUAUUCUCUAACUGCAUUUUGUAUCCACGAUCUUAACGAGAAUAAUAAAGAGUUUGAUUUAGGA